AUGGGAAAUGAUGGAGGAAGCAUUCCUAAGAGAGAUGAUCUUAUUAAAGACUUAAAAAAGCAGGAUGAGGCUGAUGCUGGACAAGCAGCACAAUUUCUUGCAUGGCUUUAUUGUAGUUUUUCAAAAUUACCGCUAUCCGAACCUAUUGUUAGUUGUGGUUUAGGCAAACUUUAUAAUAAAGACGUUUUAUUGGAAUAUCUUUUGUCAUCUAAAGAAAAAAGCUCUAAGGAAAAAGGGUAUCAGGAGAAAGGAACAUUAGCAACAGUAUCAUCGCUAGAAUAUGGGAUCUCACACAUUACAACAUUAAAAGAUGUACGAGAACUAAAACUUAAAGCAAAUCCGGCAUAUCAGCCAUAUAUAGCACUUAACAGUAAGUUAAUACAUACUGAAAAUCUUCCAAGUCGUUGGGUUUGCCCAGUAACAAAGCGGGAGAUGAAUGGCCAUGCAAAGUUUGUUUAUCUUAUACGUUGUGGACAUGUUUUUGAUGAUCAAGCAUUGGUAAAUAUUAAAAGCAAUGAAUGUCUAGAAUGCGGUACAGCGUUUAUAGAAGAUGAUAUUAUUCCGCUGAAUCCCAAGCAGGAUGAUUUACCUAGAUUAAGGGCGAGGUUAGCAGCUCUGAAGGCGGCUGGGUUGACACACACAUUAGCAUCAAUGAAGUCAUCGAAAAAACGUAAACGAGCGUGCUCAGGAGACGAUGUUUGUCAGACUAUUUCUAGCAAAACAUCUGUCAAGACUGUCUCUAAGGCAUCUGCUUAUUCUUCGUAG